CGCCGCCGCCGCCUCCAGGAUCCGGAUUCGCGGGACCGCCGCGGCCGCCGCCGCCUCCGGGAUCCGGAUUCGGAGGUCCGCCGCCGCCACCACCGCCGCCUAUGCCUGGAGCGCACACGGGCCCUGCCCCACCGCCGAUGCCUCCACCGAUCCUGCCUGGAUUCGCCGCCCCGAACGCGACACAGUCGCUACCCUUGGGCCUGAAACCGAAGAAGAAGUGGGAGGUCGAGGCGCCGUUGAAGAGGGCGAACUGGAAGGCGAUUCUGCCGCACAAGCUCACCGAAAAGUCGUUUUGGACCAAAGUGCAAGAGGAUCGAUUGGCGAGCCCCGAAAUAUUGAACGGUUUGACUCAAAAGUUUGCGUCGAAACCCAGCGGGAAAAAGAUCGACGACGUCGUGGACAAGUCAGCACCCUCGAAGAAGACGAAGGAUUUGAAGGUUCUAGAUGGAAAGGCCGCGCAGAACAUUCUGAUCCUCCUCGGCGGUACCUUGAAGCACAUGUCCUACGAUCAAGUGAAAUCGUGUUUACUCAAGUGCGAGGGUCCCGUUGUGUCGGACAACAUCCUUCAAGGGUUGAUACAGUACUUGCCGCCACCGGAUCAGCUCUCGAAACUGCAGGUUUACAAGAACCAAUACGAGGAAUUGACGGAGGCCGAGCAAUUUUGCGUUACCAUAUCGACGAUCAAGAGAUUAUUGCCGAGGUUGAGGUCGUUGAGUUUCAUGCUGCGAUUCGAGGAAUUGGUGCAAGACGUAAAACCGGACAUCGUGGCUGGUACGGCGGCUUGCGAGGAGGUGAAGGCCAGCAAAAAGUUUGCGAAAAUCCUCGAACUGAUCUUGCUGCUGGGCAAUUAUAUGAAUUCCGGAUCUAAAAACGGCCAAGCUUUCGGUUUCGAGAUCAGUUUCCUGACAAAGUUGACCAGUACGAAAGACGUCGAGAACAAACAGACGUUGAUGCACUAUUUGGUGGACACCUUGGAACAAAAGUUCCCCGAGUGUCUCAGUUUUGCGGAAGAAUUGGCGCACGUGGACAGAGCUAGCCGGGUAUCGCUGGAGAACGUUCAGAGAACGUUGCGACAAAUGGAUUCCAACAUCCGAAAUUUAGAGCAAGAUCUGUCGAACGCUAAAGUUCCUCAAUCGGACGAGGAUAUGUUUAUCGAAGUUAUGGGCCCGUUUGCGAAGAAAGCUCGAGAGUCUUACGAAGUGAUGCAGAAUAUGUUCAAAAACAUGGACAGCCUGUACACCGAUAUUUCCGAAUUUUUCUCCUUCGACAAGCAAAAGUACACGAUAGAGGAGUUCUUUGGCGAUAUUAAAACAUUCAAAGAUGAUUUCACGCAAGCGCAACGAGAAAUAAUCAAGUUGAGGGAAGGAGAGGAAAAGCAGAGGAGGGCUAGGGAAGCGCGGGAAAAAGCGGAAGCCGAGAAAGCGGCGCGAGCAGCUCGGAAGCGCGCGCUCGUCGACAUGAAUGCUCACGAAACACAGGAAGGCGUUAUGGACAGCUUGAUGGAGGCUCUGCAAACUGGUUCCGCGUUCAGUAGACCGGAUCAACGUCGCAAACGGCAAGCACGCGCCGCUGGUGCGGAGAGAAGGGCUCAACUUAAUAGAAGUCGUUCGCGAACAGGAUUAGUGGGGACCGGCUUACUGGGAAGAGAACUUUCGACAGAACUUUUAAGCUCGGCAUAAUCCAUGGGAUUACCUGUUUCCGUCCUAAACUCGAAACUGUGAUGGAUCGAAUGGUCGUUUAUCGUUCGUUCGAAGCGCCUGCGAAACGCGUGCGAAACGAUACGCCUGUAGAAAAGAGAAUACAGAGACGCGCAUACUUUUCCAAGGUGAGAGAAGUCGAGGAUCGUUCAGUCUUGUCGGACAAAGUCUUCCCUCUGGCUAUUUCAGCGCGAAUACUCGAACGACCUUUUAGCGGCACUUUAGCGCCACUUUAGCGUCACUUUAGCGUCAUUUUAGCGGCAUUGUAGCGAUGCGAGACCAUUCGACGGACCUUUUCGAAAAGAAAGGUGGCGACAGCAAGUAAGUUUUGUACAUUUUGUACAUUGUUUAGCAAACGCAUCGUUUUCUUCCACCUUCCAUCUCUCUCUCUCUCUCUCUCUUUCUGUUAAGACUAGAAUCGUUGGUUGGGCGCGAUCGCGAAACGAUGUAUAUAGAUAAAUAUAUUGAUCUAAAUUGGUACACGUCUGUAUGUACAUGCGUAUGUAUAAAUACUAGCACGAAUAAUCGACGAGACCCGCGAGAGGCGUGGCACGAGUCGCAUUUUACAUUUUACAUUUUACAUGGUACGUUUUACGGUACAGCGACUGCGCGCGUUCGAUUCGUACGGCUUCUUUUCGACGACGCGUUCGCGCGCCUGCGAAUCGAUCUCGAACAGGCACGCGCGCACACGCGACAACCUUUCGUCUUCCGAAAGAUCCGGAUCCGUGUGAAAUUCGGAAACGCUCGUACCGAUCGGACCACCGAACCGAAGCGUUUGGAAUUGCGACUGGAACCAGUGUAUCCGAAGAGGUCACGCGGUUCGUUAUUUGCGACGGGAUCAAUUAUUCUUUCGAUUUUAAAGAUCGACGACUGUUUAUAUUGUAUGUAAUAACGUUGAGUUUAACAAAGAAUUGUAUCUAUAUUGUGAAUAUGUGAUUUUAGAUAGCAACAAUACAUUGCGACCUUUACAAUCGACCGUAUCGUCUUUCA